CCAUUGGCUAUCGAGCGGCCAAUGGCGUGGGUCUUGAUUGCUUGGGCGCUUCCAUGGAGGAAUAUUCCGGUUCGCUGCGCACCGCUGUAGUUUUCCUGAAGUGUUUCCCUAAUGUCAGAAUGACAGCUAUCAAAAUGGCGGAGGGCAAUAGAGAAAAGUGAUGAGGACGGGGCAACAAAUGCGACAACUAUCCUCAAUUUAUUAUAUUAUUCUCAUUGUUCAUCGGAUAUUCUCGAAAACAUUUAAGGUUUGGUGAGACUUGUGCAGAGCCUAGUUUGUUCUUCUGUUGAAGAUUUAGCUAGCUAACGUUAGCUAGUUUGCUAUCUGCGGAAGAGGCACAACUUCCAAGACAUUGCAGCUAAAAAAUAAAAUAAAAAAAGCAAUGUUUUUGAGCUGAUUUCGUGAUAGUUGGGGACUUUGUGUAAAUCAGGCAUUAUAAUUCCAAUAACGCAAGGUAUCAUUAGCUGGACAUAAACAGCUUUGCACUCUCCUCCGAUUUGGGCUAGCUACAGUAACUCAUUUAGCUAGCAAACAAAGUGGCGUCAACUGACUACGAAUUUAGCUGAUUGUUUAUUUUAUGACGACAUGGCUCGUUCCCCGGUUCAGAGUGGCAUUCCAGGGAUGCAGAACUUUAGAGCCGAUCCGGAGGAGCUGUUCACCAAGCUGGAGAGGAUAGGGAAAGGCUCUUUUGGAGAGGUGUUCAAAGGCGUUGACAAUCGGACUCAGAAAGUAGUGGCCAUUAAGAUAAUUGACCUCGAGGAGGCUGAGGAUGAAAUCGAAGACAUCCAACAGGAAAUAACAGUCCUCAGCCAGUGUGACAGUCCCUUCGUUACCAGGUAUUAUGGAUCAUAUUUGAAGGAUGCGAAAUUAUGGAUUAUUAUGGAAUAUUUAGGAGGAGGAUCAGCUCUGGAUUUAUUGGAGCCCGGUGCCUUGGACGAAACCCAGAUUGCCACUAUUCUCAGAGAGAUCCUGAGGGGACUUGAGUACCUGCACUCUGAAAAGAAAAUCCACCGAGAUAUUAAAGCCGCUAACGUGUUGCUAUCGGAGCAAGGAGACGUGAAGCUGGCAGACUUUGGAGUGGCGGGGCAGUUGACGGACACCCAGAUAAAGAGGAACACGUUCGUGGGCACUCCGUUCUGGAUGGCACCUGAAGUCAUAAAACAGUCUGCGUACGACUCAAAGGCGGACAUCUGGUCGCUAGGUAUAACAGCCAUAGAGCUAGCCAAAGGAGAGCCACCCUACUCAGAGCUUCACCCUAUGAAGGUCUUAUUCGUCAUCCCAAAGAACAACCCGCCCACCCUGGAAGGAAACUACUGCAAACCCCUCAAAGAAUUCAUAGAAGCCUGUUUGAACAAAGAGCCCAGCUUUAGGCCAACUGCCAAAGAGCUGCUGAAACACAAGCUGAUCAUCCGGCACGCCAAGAAGACGUCCUACCUUUCAGAGCUGGUGGAGAAGUACAAGAAGUGGAAAGCAGAGCAGUCUCGGGAGGACUCCAGCGACGACGAGUCGGACUUUGAGGAGGAUGGCCAGGCGUCUGGAGUGAACGACUCUGGGAACGAUGACUGGAUCUUCAACACCAUCAGGGAGAAGGACCCCAAGAAGUUCCUGAAUGGUGCCGCCCAGUUUGAUGAGCUGGAGAGGAACAAGGUGCAAGACAAUCCAAAAAGGCCUCUGUCACAGAGCUGGUGCACUAUCAUUUCACCUUUGUUUGCUGAGUUAAAAGAGAACCAGGUUGAGGCAACCAAUGGCAAGCCAGAGGCUGUGGACGAGCUGAGGGAGGCCGUUUUCAUGUCAGAGGAGUCCUAUCCUGGUAUCUCUGACGCCCUGGUGUCUGAACUAGUGCACAGACUACAGAGGUUUUCUCUACCCAGGGCCUCAUCCUCCCAGUGACACCCCCCACCCACCCCCCCCCCAUCCCACCCCUACAGUAGCAGCAGCAGUCUGUCAGUCCAUGGCCUCUGACAUCAACAGCCAAGAUGAAGUCUCCCAGGAAGUUCUCCAUCACUCAUUCAUUCACCUAAAGCAAAGCCUCAGCCCACUUUUUUAAAAUCUCUACUUAAGGUAUAUUGUCACUUUGCGGCCAGUCACGGACGGGCCUGUUGGUCAGCUGCCACUUUGACUGACAACUGCUGUUAGACCUUUUGGGCUCAAUACCUCCGAUAUGAACGCAGGUCCAUUGAUUCAAACAUUUUGGUGUGGCUUAUUCCUAAAAGGUCCUGAAGCCUUUCAGGGAGGAUCUAACUUCCGUGUGUGUGUGUGUGUGUGUGUGUGUGUGUGUGUGUGCAUGCAUGUGAGCAUCUCCUUUGAGAUCCUGUGAAAUGUGCGGUGGAGAUUGAAGCAUUCUUUUCAAAACUCAGGUAUCCUGCUUUUCAGUGGAUGGGGGUCCUCUGGGAGAAUUAAGAGAUCUGUUGGGUGGCUGUACAAACUUGUAAAUAGGCACAUUUUUACAAAUAUUGAGAAAUAAUGGAGUGUACACAAAGGAAUCUCUGUGUAGAAGUGGCCAAAUGCUUCUGUACAUAUAUUCUGUUAGAAAGGGUCAAUGUUUAAAGAGACAUGUAAAUGGUCAUAACUGAGAUUGCUUUGCCUUUAUUACUUGCUCUUUUGUAUUUCAGUCAUGGAUUCCCUCUUGUUUUAAUACAUUAUCUUGGAUUCCCUCUUGUUUAAAAACAUCUUGGAUUCCCUCUUGUUUUAAUACAUUAUCUUGGAUUCCCUCUUGUUUGAAUACAUUAUCUUGGAUUCCCUCUUGUUUUAAUACAUUAUCUUGGAUUCCCUCUUGUUUAAAAACAUUCUCUUGGAUUCCCUCUUGUUUUAAUACAUUCUCUUGGAUUCCCUCUUGUUUAAUACAUUAUCUUGGAUUCCCUCUUGUUUAAAUACAUUCUCCUUGAUUCCCUCUUGUUUUAAUACAUUCUCUUGGAUUCCCUCUUGUUUGAAUACAUUCUCUUGUAUUCCCUCUUGUUUUAAUACAUUCUCUUGUAUUCCCUCUUGUUUAAAUACAUUCUCUUAGAUUCCCUCUUGUUUAAAUACAUUAUCUUGUAUUCCCUCUUGUUUAAAUACAUUAUCUUGGAUUCCCUCUUGUUUAAAUACAUUCUCUUGGAUUCCCUCUUGUUUAAAUACAUUAUCUUGUAUUCCCUCUUGUUUAAAUACAUUAUCUUGGAUUCCCUCUUGUUUAAAUACAUUCUCUUGGAUUCCCUCUUGUUUUAAUCAUACAUUUUCAAGGACACAUCCAUUCAAUGGCAAUUGCUUCCCUCUGUCGUGUUUUUAUGUUAAUUGAUACUUUGGCCACCUUUUUUUGUUUCUUUUUAAAUGCUCUUUGACCUUUUUGAUGUCUCACUGCGUGACGUGGCUGUAGUCGCCAUGCAGUGCAGACCACAGAAACAGAAUCUGUCCAGGUGCACUACUUCUAACCCUCUCUAGUCUUGACACUGGGUUCUAUGUUGCCAGAGCAUCGAACUUCAUGAGACCACGUGGUUUCAUGACAAGAUGUCUGUUGGAUUGUUCCUCUGUCCUGUGUAAGAUGAGUGCUUUAGUUCUAUUGAAGGCUCACCUUUUCCUCUUUUAUUUUCUUAUUCUUUUUAACAUAGCAGUAAAUUCAACUACAUCAUCCCACAACAGACAAGUCUUCUUUUUAACAUGGCGGUAAAUUCAACUACAUCAUCCCACAACAGACAAGUCUUCUUUUUAACAUGGCGGUAAAUUCAACUACAUCAUCCCACAACAGACAAGUCUUCUUUUUAACAUAGCAGUAAAUUCAACUACAUCAUCCCACAACAGACAAGUCUUCUUUUUAACAUAGCGGUAAAUUCAACUACAUCAUCCCACAACAGACAAGUCUUCUUUUUAACAUGGCGGUAAAUUCAACUACAUCAUCCCACAACAGACAAGUCUUCUUUUUAACAUAGCGGUAAAUUCAACUACAUCAUCCCACAACAGACAAGUCUUCUUUUUAACAUAGCGGUAAAUUCAACUACAUCAUCCCACAACAGACAAGUCUUCUUUUUAACAUGGCGGUAAAUUCAACUACAUCAUCCCACAACAGACAAGUCUUCUUUUUAACAUGGCGGUAAAUUCAACUACAUCAUCCCACAACAGACAAGUCUUCUUUUUAACAUAGCGGUAAAUUCAACUACAUCAUCCCACAACAGACAAGUCUUCUUUUUAACAUAGCGGUAAAUUCAACUACAUCAUCCCACAACAGACAAGUCUUCUUUUUAACAUAGCGGUAAAUUCAACUACAUCAUCCCACAACAGACAAGUCUUCUUUUUAACAUAGCGGUAAAUUCAACUACAUCAUCCCACAACAGACAAGUCUUCUUUUUAACAUAGCGGUAAAUUCAACUACAUCAUCCCACAACAGACAAGUCUUCUUUUUAACAUGGCGGUAAAUUCAACUACAUCAUCCCACAACAGACAAGUCUUCUUUUUAACAUAGCGGUAAAUUCAACUACAUCAUCCCACAACAGACAAGUCUUCUUUUUAACAUAGCGGUAAAUUCAACUACAUCAUCCCACAACAGACAAGUCUUCUUUUUAACAUGGCGGUAAAUUCAACUACAUCAUCCCACAACAGACAAGUCUUCUUUUUAACAUAGCGGUAAAUUCAACUACAUCAUCCCACAACAGACAAGUCUUCUUUUUAACAUAGCGGUAAAUUCAACUACAUCAUCCCACAACAGACAAGUCUUCUUUUUAACAUAGCGGUAAAUUCAACUACAUCAUCCCACAACAGACAAGUCUUCUUUUUAACAUAGCGGUAAAUUCAACUACAUCAUCCCACAACAGACAAGUCUUCUUUUUAACAUAGCGGUAAAUUCAACUACAUCAUCCCACAACAGACAAGUCUUCUUUUUAACAUAGCGGUAAAUUCAACUACAUCAUCCCACAACAGACACGACUUCUUUUUAACAUAGCGGUAAAUUCAACUACAUCAUCCCACAACAGACAAGUCUUCUUUUUAACAUAGCGGUAAAUUCAACUACAUCAUCCCACAACAGACACGACUUCUUUUUAACAUAGCGGUAAAUUCAACUACAUCAUCCCACAACAGACAAGUCUUCUUUUUAACAUAGCGGUAAAUUCAACUACAUCAUCCCACAACAGACACGUCUUCUUUGUUACCGCAGUGGUACAAUCUAUUCAACAACUUGAAUUGCGCUUUUUUUGUUGUUGUUUUUUUUAGCCGUAAGACCGCAUGGUCAUUAUUGUACAGGCAUGUCUCAAUGCUACAUAAAGACAACUGUCCACCUGUAGCAACACAGCUUGGAGCAUAGAAUAACAGAACACUGUAAUCGUGAAUUCCACACUAAGUUUAGUUGAUAUAAGGAUUGCAGAAGUGCGUUAUGGUGUGUUCAUACUAGUUGACGUAAAGUAGCAGAAAGCCAGCGGCCAUUAGGAAGCAUACCGCACUUCCCUGCUGCUACUGACCCCCCCCCCCCCCCCCCCCCGUGUAGUUCUACAUGAAUAUGCGUCCAUGUACAGGCAUUUCGCUACACCCACUAAACACGUGUUUCCAUAAAGUUUAAGUUGAUGAAAAAUAACUCCUGUGACUUGCCCUGCACGGUAUUAAUUUAACUAGGCAAGUCAGUUAAAAACACAUUUUUAUUUACAAUGAUGGCCAUAGGAACAGUGGGUUAACUGCCUGGUUCAGGGGCAGAACGACAGAUGUCUUUUACCUCUUGUCAGCUCAGGGAUUCGACCUAGCAACCUUUCAGUUACUGGCCCAACGCUCUAAACACUAGGCUACUUGCCGCACCUAAUAUGCAUUGUAGCAAGAAUGCUACUGGACUCUGAACCUGAUGUGCUGGACCUUGAGUGUUCAAAUCAGCCGUAGCAACUUUGUUGAGAGUGGGGUGCAGUCACAUUAAAAACACAAGUGUUACAUGGCAGCAUGGACACAUUUAACAAUUGAUUUACAUCAGCUAUUCUUUUAUAUAUAUAUUUUUUAAGUUAAUGUUUUUUGCUCUUUACAUGGGGUUAGAUACUAUAGCUUCAUAAAGCACACAGAAGGAUGAACACUGGGUCUCCUAUGGGAUUACAACAGCUACUGGAAACCUUAUUUGUAUUAGCUGUGUUCAGACCAAUGUGAGAUGUCCAGUGUUGAACUGUUUUUCUUCUGAGUUUUGGGCAUUCGGGGGUUGUAAACAGAAGUACCCCCUUGUUUGAUCCCACUUCUGUUGACCAGUUUUCCAACAUUUGAGUGGACCCCCUUUUUUUUUUUUUAUCUAUUUCCAUUAUUCCCCUUAUGUCACACAUGAAAGUGCCAUGUAUGUACGCCCGUCUGUUUUUUUAGAUUUGUAAUUUGCACCUUGUGGAGACAACUGUCCCGUUUUAUUCUUUCAGUGUUGCACUUUUUGUAAGCGUUUUCUUCAGGAUUCAAGUAAGAAUAAUGGUACUUGAGGCCAUAGUUUUUUUUUUCUCCCGUUGUCAUAUCUUACGUGAUUACUAGUAAACCUUUUUGAGUGUGGCAAUAAAACAGUGGUGUCGUCAGGACACAUUUAUCAGCACAGAUAUAUUCUACGGAACAAUAAUAUUUUUUUAUAACUCACACAAAGCAGUAUGUAUAGAAUAAAGAAUAUUGUCCUUCCGUUUGUUAUUAAUGAUCAUCACAUUAAAAAAAUUGAAAUGUCAUUUUCUGUAACAUUGCAGACCGUUUAUAGUCCUGUAUAUAAUCAUUGUUCAUGUCACUCAAAUUCCAAGGUAUUGGGAGUCUUUGUAAGCUUUCAAGUGAUUAAAAUCGAACGCAAAUUUAAAUGGA